UACAUUCCUAUAAAUAUAACGAACUUCACCUUCUAUAUUUCCUCUAUCCAUUCCUCCAUUUCUUUUUUAAAAUUAAAAAAAAAAACCACAAAUUUAUUUAGUAAAAAACAUAAUAAAUCUUAUAAACAAACCUAUAAUCAUUUGCUUUAGAAGAUAAAUUUGUUACCAGUGGCUCUCAAAAGAAGAUUAUGAACCCAACGCAAUUUCAUGAUCAACAUCGUCAUGCAAAGAAAGAGAGCACGUCCAACAUCGGGAAUGGUGGCAUUUGUCCCCCACCCUUGAAAGUUAGCAAAGACUCUCAUUUGAUCAAGAAAUCAUCAUCCUCUUCGUCGUCGUCGUCGGCAGCCUCCUCCCUUGGCGUCAGCGGCACCGUGAAGCCGCAACAGCAGCGUCACCCUGUCAUUAUCUACACACACUCUCCCAAAGUCAUCCACACACACCCUAAAGAUUUCAUGGCGUUGGUUCAGAAACUCACAGGGCUUUCACGCAAUGAAGAUGAUCAUCAAAAUCAUAAUAAUCAUGCGCCUCAUCAACCCAAAGCGGAGACUGGUGCCGCUUCCGUAGAGGAAGACAGCAAGAGGAUCAACAAUGAUGACAACGAAUCAUCAUCGGUAAUAACAGAUGAAAACUGUGAAGGGCAAGUAAAUUCUUGUUUUGUCCCACCUUUGUUUGAUCCACCAGCAGCUCCAUUUCUAAAUAUUCCAGUUUUUACGCCAAAUUCUACCGAUUUUCUUUGCGUCAAUCAUCAGCCUUUCUAUAAUUACACUGAUUCAUUGUUUUUCACACCAAACAUGAGAAGCUCUAUUUCAUCAUCUUCAGGGUUGGAGGGGAUGAAUGAAUUUCGUGAUUACUAA